AGAGAAGAAACAAUGAAAGAGACUUUGUAGAAAAAAUGACUGAAUUUAGUUCACUUGUUCUAAAUCUUCAAAUUCCAUUUUUUACCAAACACACUUCUCUCAUCACUACUCCUUGCGCCAGAACCACUUUUUCCCGCAAACCUCUUUCUCUCUCAAAUCACCGAUCAUCAUCAAAGUCUCAAUCCAUUCAAAUCCAAGCUACAACAGCGUCGAUGGCAGAAGUUGAAGGAUCCACCGAUUCAAUGAAUAAUCUCUUGUUUGUUGAAAUGGGUGUUGGUUACGAUCAACACGGGCAGGAUAUAACUUCUGCUGCAAUGAGAGCGUGCAGGGAUGCUAUUUCUUCUAAUUCAAUUCCCGCUUUUCGCAGAGGUUCCAUUCCUGGUGUCAGUUUUGGUCAGAUGAAAUUGCAGAUCAAGCUAGGGGUCCCUCAUUCUCUCCAACAAUCUCUUGAUAUUGAGAAAGUCAAGUCUGUAUUUCCCUAUGGAAAAAUUUUGAAUGUUGAAGUUGUGGACGGUGGUUUGAUAUGCUCAAGUGGGGUGCUUGUGGAAGAGAUGGGUGACAAGAAUGAGGAUUGCUACAUUGUUAAUGCUGCUGUUUAUGUCGGUUAUUAACUGACUCCUGAUAUUGAUAAUUGAUAGCUUCUGUUGUAUAAUGAAUUGUACAUUUCGAUAUUACAAUGCCAUGGUUCUUGUUUGGUCGUCAUAUAUGCCAUUGCCAUAGUGCUGAACUAAUAUAGCAUGACAUAGUGAUAUAUGCUAAAGCAUACCCAUAUCAUA